AUGAACUGCCCCUCGCGCAACGACGACACUCUCGCCCACCCGGCCUGGAAUCAGAGUCCGCGGCCCUUCAGUCCGGACACCACCACCCGCAAUGACUUCAACGGCCUCGCCAACUCUAGAGUCCACCGCAGACACGCUGCCGGUGAUGGUAUAGGCACGGGGGAUACACUAUCCAUAGAUCCAAGACCGCACAGUCUCGAAGACCCGGAUCCCGUAAAGGAAAAGACCCCGAACGGUGAAGUGGUCGCUGCGUCCUCGGGGUGUGAACCACCUACGAGGGCCUGCGGAUCGCCUCACCGUCCUUUCCAAUCUUUCUUCUUUUCGUCAACUGCAAGCUGUGCGCGCGUAUUGGCCAAGUUCGGCAGUUUUAUCGGACCUGGUUUCCUCAUCGCGGUCGCAUAUAUCGAUCCGGGAAACUAUGCCACCGACGUGUCGGCCGGCGCUGAGUACAGAUAUGCGUUGCUGUUCAUCGUUCUCUUGUCUAACCUUUUCGCGAUUCUUCUCCAAUCCCUGUGCAUAAAAUUGGGCUCCGUGACUGGUCUCAACCUGGCUGAGAAUUGCCGCGAGCAUCUCCCUCGCUGGCUGGUGUAUUUUCUUUACUUUUUAGCAGAAGCGGCCAUCAUUGCAACGGAUAUUGCGGAGGUGGUUGGCUCUGCCAUCGCGCUGAAUCUGCUAGGAAAUAUUCCUCUGGUAGCCGGAUGUGCUAUCACCUUGGUGGAUGUGUUCUUUCUGCUCAUCUUCUGGCGUCCUAACGGGUCUAUGUGGGGGUUGCGCCUCUUUGAGUUCUUCGUCAUGGGCCUCGUGCUCUCCGUCGUUGUCUGCUUUUGCAUUCAGCUGUCACUCAUCAAGGACCAGUCAAUUGGGGAAGUCUUCCGUGGCUUUCUCCCGUCGUCGGCGAUUGUUCAAUCCAGUGGUCUCUACCAGAGCUGUGGUAUCCUUGGUGCGACUGUUAUGCCGCAUUCCCUCUUCCUCGGCAGCGGAGUGGUUCAGUCUCGUCUUAAAGACUUCGAUGUCAAAUCGGGCUACGUGCAGUCCACUGUGCCCCUAGGAAGCACUGGUGGUGAAGUUGAAUACCGCCCUUCCAUCCAAGCGAUUAAUGGCUGCAUGAAGUACUCGAUCAUCGAGUUGUCUCUGUCGCUUUUCACCUUUGCUCUUUUCGUUAACAGCGCCAUUCUCAUUGUCGCGGGCGCCUCGCUCUAUAAUGUUCCAGGCGGCGCUCAAGCUGACCUCUUCGGCAUUCACACGCUACUUGCCUCAUCAAUUGCCCCAGCGGCUGGUCUCAUUUUCGCUCUGGCUCUUCUGCUGUCCGGUAUUUCUGCCGGCAUUGUGUGUACCAUGGCAGGCCAAAUGGUCAGCGAGGGCAUGUUAAACUGGAGCAUCAAACCUUGGCUUCGUCGUCUCAUUACUCGCUCCGUCAGUAUUAUUCCCAGCAUUAUUAUCGCUGGGGCUGUGGGCAAGGAGGGGCUUAACGCGACCCUGAACGCGAGUCAGGUGGUUCUCAGUGUCAUCCUGCCAUUCGUUUCAGCCCCCCUUAUCUGGUUUACAUGCUUCAACAAAUAUAUGACCGUGUCUGUUGAUCAGACCAGCGAAGGUGACGGUGAGGUGGAGACGGAGAGAUUCCCCAUGCGCAAUCACUGGGCCCUCUCUAUCCUCACAGUGUUCGUCUGGCUAGUCAUCGUCGUGAUGAAUGUUGCGCUGCUGGUAUUGCUUGGGCUGGGUGAAUCGUCUUAA